AUGAGUACGACAAGGAAUACAGAACAUGAUAUUGAAAAAAUUUCACAAGUGAUGGAUAAAUUAGCUAAAUUAAUCUUAGCAAAACAAAAUGAUGGUACACAAUUACGACUGGAAUAUGAAUAUAAAUUAAAAGAAUUGAAUACUUUGAUUAGUCUUCUUCUAAAUCUAUCGAAAAAUAUUAAUGAUAAUCCCCUGGGAAAUCAAGGAGAGUUUCAACUUAAUGAGACUGAAUUGGAUAAAAUAUUAAGGAAUGGUAUUGAGGUUAUUGAAAAGGAUGACCAUAAGAAAUACGCAUUAAUCCCAAUUAUUGAGAAUAAUAAAAAUCUUGGUGAUUAUACCAACAAAGAAAUUGAAGUUGGAAGCAUAGAGAAGCAGAGCUCACCUGCAAGUUCAUCGUCGGGACCCCUACUGGGCAAAGAAAUCAGUAGCAAUCAAACUUCCUCCAACAAGACUGACAAAAAGAAAAAAAAGAAGAAGAAUAAAAUAGCUUGCUCAUUUUGUCAUGAAAUAGGCCAUACAAGAGCAAAAUGUCAAAAACGUUUAUUAACACCACUUACAUAG